AUGAAAUUCAACACAUCUGGAAAAUGUUUACCACCAUUAAUUCACACUAAUAAAGCUGUGCAUUUCUAUGAAGGUAUAUCUGGAUGUGGUCUACCUUGUCGCGAUCCUUUAUAUACCGAAGAUGAGCAUCAACAAAUUCACCGGCUGGUUGCUUGGGGUGCAGGAAUCUGCCUAGCUUUUAAUCUGUUGACCAUAGCAACAUUUCUAAUCGAUUGGCGCAGUGCUAAUAAGUACCCAGCUCUAGUGAUCUUCUAUAUCAAUGUGUGCUUUGCUGUUGCUUCAAUGGGGUGGCUUGUCCAAUUUGGGGUUGGAUCUCGAGAUGACAUUGUUUGUUCCAAAGAUGGAACAAGAAGGCAAGGGGAGCCUUCAGCAGAAGAGAACCUAUCAUGCGUUGUUGUGUUUGUUCUUGUAUAUUACUUUAUGAUGGCUGCUUGUGUUUGGUUUGUUAUUUUUACAUAUGCUUGGCACAUGAGUUUCAGAGCUUUAGGCAAGAUACAAGACAGAAUCGACAAGAAGGCGGCCUACUUCCACCUCGUGGCCUGGUCGCUGCCCCUGGUGCUGACCAUCACGACCAUGGCGUUCGGCGAGGUGGACGGCAGCAGCGUCACGGGCGUGUGCUUCGUCGGCUACGUCAACCACCCGAUGCGUGCCGCAUUGCUGCUGGCGCCACUGUCCGUCGUGCUGGUACUCGGCGGCUAUUUCCUGUUGCGCGGCGUGUUCUCGCUGGUGGCGGUGCGCGUGUCCAGCAGGGACGUGAUCUCCGCCCGCGCGGCGAACAAGAUCCGGCAGACGAUCACGCGUUGCUCGCUCACCGCUGCGCUGGUGGCGGUCUUCAUCUGCGUCACGGUGGCCUGCCACGCGUAUGAGUUCCGCAACGCGGACUCGUGGCGGGACUCCUUCAGGAGGAGCAUCAUUUGCCGCCUGGAGGCGCUGAAGGGCGGCGGUGCGGAAUGUUCGUACGGCGCGCGGCCCUCUGUGUCGGUGUUGCAGCUGCGGCUGCUCUGCUGCUUCGCGGCCGGCGCGCUGAUGGCCUCGUGGACGUGGACGCCCGCCGCGGCCGCCGCCUGGAGGCGCUACGUGGCGAGGAAGUGCGGGUGCUCGGUGGAGGCGGAUGGCACCAGGCGCGCGCGGAAGGACGAGCUUAUCGCGCGAGCUUAUCGCCGCCGCGGCGAGUUUGCCGCGCGCGGCCGCAUCUCAAUCUCGCUGGGCGCCUCGCGCCAGGACCCCGUCGGCCUCUGCCUCGACCACACUGCGCCCAUCGACUGCCACGACGAUGCCAAGCACGAGAGCGGUGAACUGUCGUCAUCGUGGGCUGCCAAUUUGCCGCGCUUCGUGCGACGCCGCGACGCGCUCGUUCUCCCAACCCACACGCACCACUCGCUCAGUUCGACGCCGGACCGAAGGAACUCGCAGGACUCCCAGAUAAGCAUUAGCCUGCGCCACGUGUCUGUGGAAUCGCGGCGCAACUCCCUCGACAGCCAGUUGUCCGUGAAGAUAGCCGAAAUGAAGACGAAGGUGGGGCGGCGGCGCACCAAGCAUACCAAAGCGAAGAGGAAAGCCCGCGCGGCGAACGCACGCAAAGAGAGCACUCCAUCCAUCGAGAGUCAAAUAAGCCGCUACUGGCUCCAGGCAGUCGCGGCCAAUAACGACCCCUCUCGGGAGGAGGUGAAAUUCAGCUUUGAU